GGGCGUGAGGCCCGGGAGGCGCGGGGGCUGCGCGGGGGCUGCCGCGUCCCUCGGCGGCCCAGACCCGGGCGCGCGUUAUCCGAGUGUGGGUGUCGGCGGUCGCCUCCGCUGCCAGCUUCGCCGUCUUCCCGUAGGAAAGACCCGGUGUUUCUGCCUUGUCCUUUCUUCCCGCUGCGCACAGACUCCGGGCCUGGGCAGCUGGGGACCCUUCCCCUGGGCAGCUAUCCCCCUGCCUGGGCGUAGCAGUUUCCUUCCACGGGGAAGCAAAGUAAGGUGACGAGAGAAAAGAACCCAAGGUGGAAUUAGUUAGUCUCGGAUCAGCCGUCUCCAGGUGGACGCGGUCCUUCAGAUUAGACACGGCGUGGAGACAAGUUCUUAGUGGUAAAGAGGGAGCACGCUAGCUCACAGAAAUACCUUCCUUUGUGGAUAAGCACGCUUCCGUUUUGUGAAACGUUGUUUUGGGUCCGGGUGGCUCCCUGUUGCAGAGCGGUGAUCUGCAAGCUCUCUAAGCUGUUAGUUCUUACUCAGGCCGGUUGGUCCGUGUGAGAAGGGCACAAGCAUGUCCUCCCUCCCCGGGUGCAUUAGUUUGGGCGCAGCAACAGCUGCGGCCGACUCUGAAGACAUCACUGAGCUGCAGCAGGCGGUGGUUGAAGAGCUGGGCAUCUCGAUGGAGGAACUUCGUCAGUUCAUCGACGAAGAGCUGGAGAAGAUGGACUGUAUACAGCAGCGCAAGAAGCAGCUCGCAGAGCUGGAGACCUGGGUGCUCCAGAAGGAGUCUGAGGUGGCAUAUGUGGACCAGCUCCUCGAUGAUGCGUCCAGAUCUCAGACUGAAAUGCGAUCCUGGCUCCACUAAACUUCAAACUGUUGCCUCUCCUCAGCAUGGCUAGAAAAUCCUGAGACUUCAAAGUCCUCCUUUCCUCAGUGUGGCUGGAGAAGGAAUGCCUGAUACUCAAG